AGCUAUUGUCUUGUACGUUUAAUUUGAUAAGUGUUUGAAAAAUAAAUUCCGAGUGUUUUUGCACGACUAUUCGUUUUGCCUUUUUGCCCGAACCGUACUACUAUAAUAAUUACAUCGACGUUGUUCGACACACUUUGGCCGAUAGUGUUUUUCUAUUUUGUGUACUCGAUUACGGUUCGCAGACCGUCGACUUUGCAUACACGAGAAAACAAAUCCCAUGGCUACUUGCGACGUAUGUGUCCAUUUGUCCGACAUAAUGACGCCUCGGUCGUUUUCCACGUUACUGACAACCUUAAUGAAGUAUCUGGUUUACGAGAAACAGCUCAUACCUUAUCCGUACGACCGUUUGAAGUUGUACAUCAAAAAGUAUAACGAGCUACAGUUAGAGGGAAACAGUCAUUGUAACAUAAAGAAAAAAUAUAAACUAGAAUCCGACAAGUAUUAUAAAAAAGUGUCGGACACUAUAAAUGCGUUGGAGACUGUGUUUAAGUGUAUUGAAAAUGAAUUUCUCAGUCGCAUGACGAAUCACAUUGAAACGGUAGUGAUUCUAAUCGGAUCCAACGUUCUAAAUCCGCUGACCGUCUUCAAUAUCCACGUGCCGGAAUUGAGUUACUCGCACAGCGACAAGCAACAUUCUUCGAGGCAACACAUCGACAAUGUCUUCAGGAGCAUAUUGAACAACGACAAGUUCAACGAAAUACUGACGUCGAACAUAAUGGUCGAAACCAACUUGUACGUCAUGUUCAAAGUGAAAAAGGGCGAAACGAUGGUGUCCGAUUGGUGUGUACCUAAAGAGCAAUUUCGAUGUUUACGAGGCAAACAAGUGAUGUUACGGUUUGACGCGUUGUCCAUCGUGUCCGACUCGAAUUCCAAGGAGAACUGUCGACUGCGGUGUAGCAAAGACUGUUUAGUAGACGAAAUUCCGCUAAUAGUAGACAUGGCCGACGACAAACUAGGUCCGCGGCAUAUCGUCGACGACGACGCGUACAAAGACAGUUGCCGCGUGGACUGGUACUUAGGUAAACACCACGUUACGGGUUUCAAAAAUUACAAGUACAACGGCGUUCCCAUAUCUGACACGUGGUUAAAUCCCAACAUAAUCGACAGGAUGGUUUCCUGAUUUGACGUUGACGUUGGACCUCAUGCACGCGAUGCACACUUUCUAGCCAAUUGAAAAUAGAAAAACAAACUUUGACCGAAAAACUGGUUGAUUUUAUUUUUUAUUUUUCCCAGGAUUUGUUUUUCGUAGAUAUUUAUUCUUUUAAAUUGAAACUGUUAUUCUUUCGCCAAUUGAUUAAGUAUACUUGUUUGUCGUUUUUUAUGAUUCGAUUGUGCCGCUUUAAAAUUAUUAUUACUGUUUUUUUAUACUAGAUUCUUGACUACCAAAUGGAUAUAAAUUAUGUUGAACAAUAAUUUUCUAUUUUACUUAUAACGAC